AUGUGCGGUGGUCCCGAGCAGUCGGCUAAAUCAUCAUCGACUUCGACUCCAUCUGCUGUAGAAACUACACCUAUUACCAAAGAUAUGGAUUGUCUAACUGUAGAAACCGAAGAUUCUUUCUCUAGCUUUCUUGAACUUGCUGCUAACAAUGAUGUCGAAGGCUUUAAGAGAUUUAUACACUGGGAUGCUUCCUCAAUUAACGAGGCUGGUUUUUGGUAUGGCCGCCGAAAAGGGUCGAAGCAGGUUGUUCUUGACCAAAGAACUCCUCUUAUGGUUGCUGCUACUUACGGUAGCCUUGAUGUUCUUAAGCUCAUUCUGGAACAUACUAAGGCUGAUGUGAAUCUGGCUUGUGGAACUGACAAAACUACUGCUCUUCAUUGUGCUGCUUCUGGUGGAUCUAUUAAUGUAAUUGAUGUGGUUAAGCUGCUAUUAUCAGCAGGUGCAGAUCCUACUUGCCUCGACGUCAAUGGAGAUCGUCCUGGUGAUGUUAUUGUUGUUCCUCCAAAGCUACAGAGCAUGAAAGUCGCCCUCGAAGGGCUUCUCUCAAAAACUGAUUCUGAUAGUUUUGUUGCAGAACAAGAUUUUAAUGCCUCUCCUAUUCGCAAUUUACGGGUCUCAAUUAGCAACUCAAAUUCUAGCUCACCGACUCUUUCUUCAUCACCAGAAAAUGGUUCACCACGUUCUCCCUCUCUGCUGAUCUAUUCUCCAAGCGUCUCAAAGUUCAAUAAUCUGCCUGCCAACUCUACAUCGGAGAAGAAAGAAUAUCCAAUUGAUCCAUCUCUACCUGACAUCAAGAACAGCAUCUAUGCAACUGACGAGUUCCGCAUGUUCUCAUUCAAGGUUCGCCCAUGUUCCCGGGCAUACUCUCACGAUUGGACUGAGUGUCCAUUUGUUCACCCAGGAGAGAACGCACGUCGAAGAGAUCCACGAAAGUUUCACUACAGCUGCGUGCCGUGCCCUGAUUUUCGUAAAGGGGCUUGUAGGCGUGGGGAUAUGUGUGAAUAUGCACAUGGGGUUUUUGAGUGCUGGCUUCACCCAGCUCAAUACCGAACUCGGCUCUGCAAAGAUGGCACAAGCUGCAAUAGGCAAGUCUGCUUUUUUGCCCAUACACCUGAGGAGCUCAGGCCCCUGUAUGUUUCUACAGGAUCUGCUAUCCCUUCUCCUCGAUCAUCUCAGUCUGCAGCCAGUGUUAUGGACAUGGCUGCUGCUCUGAGUCUUCUGCCUGGUUCCCCAUCAUCAGUCUCUGCUAUGUCCCCAACCCCAUUCAAUCAACCUAUGUCUCCUGCUGCAAAUGGCAUUUCUCUUUCAUCUGUUGCUUGGCCACAGCCAAAUGUACCCACGCUUCAUCUUCCGGGAAGCAACCUUCAAUCCAGCCGCUUGAGAUCAUCCCUUAAUGCCCGAGAUAUCCCACCUGAAGAUUUUAAUUUGUUGCCGGGUUUUGAUUCCCCACAACAGAUUUUAAAUGAUUUAACAUGUUUUUCACAGUCGCGAAACAAUUCUGCUUCUUUCAUUCGUUCUGGUCGGUCUAAAACACUAACUCCUUCAAAUCUUGAGGAACUAUUUACUGCUGAAAUGUCUUCUCCUAGGUAUUCUGACCAAGCAGCUGCUGUUUUCUCUCCAACACAUAAAGCAGCUUUUCUCAAUCAGUUGCAACAGCAGCAGAGCAUGUUAUCACCUGUCAGCACAAGUGUGUUCUCCCCAAAAAAUGUUGAGCACCCUCUACUGCAGGCUGCAUUUGGUGUUGGAUCCCCUGGAAGGAUGUCACCAAGAGGCAUGGAGCCCAUCUCUCCAAUGGGAUCUCGACUUUCUUCUCUUGCUCAGCGAGAGAAGCAGCAGCAGCAGCUACGUAGCCUCAGCUCAAGGGAUCUGGGAUCCAACAACCCUAUGGCUUCCGUGGUUGGAUCUCCUGUAAAUUCUUGGUCCAAAUGGGGAUCCCCUAAUGGGAAAGUAGACUGGUCGGUAAAUGGAGAUGAAUUGGGUCGUUUACGGAGAUCCUCAUCCUUCGAGCUUGGAAACAAUAACAGUGAGGAGCCUGACCUAUCAUGGGUCCAAUCUCUUGUCAAGGAAUCACCUCCUGAGAUGUUGAAAGAGAAGCUUGCAAUUCCAGUACCCGGUACUGCAUCACCUGGUGUGGGAUUGAGUUCAAAUUCUCAAAUUGAUUCUGUUUUAGAAUCUUGGCUUGAGCAAAUGCAAAUUGAUCAGCAGCAACAGCUUGUAGUCUGA